AUGCCUCCUCUUCCUCUGUACUUCCUGUUUUCUCUCCUUCUCUUUGAUCCAGUCCAGGGUUCUCCACCCAAAUCUGAUGGAGUCCUCCCUGCGACCGACGACGAGCGGGCGCUGGUGGUGAAGUGUCGCCAGGGCAGCGUGGAGGUGGAGAUGAGAGCUCACCUGCUGGACCCCGGCCUCUCGGGGAGGCUGGUGGUGCUGCGGCUCGGUCCUGACGGAGCAGGAGGGGGUCCCUGCAGCGCCGGGCCGUCAUCAGGCGAACCCCUCUCCAUCCGAGCACCUCUGAGCGGCUGUGGGAGCAGAGCUUUGUUCACAGAGAGGGAGGUGCUUUACGUCAACAAGCUGCUUCUGUCCUUCACGCCGGCGGGCGGUGGCUCGGAUCAGGUGGAGGCCGUCGCUCUUCCUGUCCUCUGUAGACACUCGAGGAGGUACACGGUGAGCAGCGGCGCUCUGAGGCCCACCUGGACUCCUCACGUCUCCGUCCACUCGUCUCGUCUCAGCCUGGACUUCACGCUCAGGUUGAUGACCGACGACUGGACCGAUAAGAGGAGCUCUCCUGUUUACUUCAUGGACCAAACGGUCAACAUGGAGGCCUCGUUAGACCUUCGUCACCCUCCUCUUCGUCUGUUUGCCGGCAGCUGUGUGGCCACUUUGACUCCUGAUGGGAACUCUCGGCCCAGAUACCCCUUCAUAGACCACCAGGGAUGUUUCACAGACUCCCUGCUGAGCGGCUCCGGCUCACGUUUCCUGCCGAGGGUCCGGGACCAGAUCCUCCAGAUUCAGCUCCAGCCGUUCCUCUUCCACCAGGACCACAGACGCACCAUUUACAUCACCUGCCACCUGGAAGCUGUGCCAGUUUCUAAAGCAGACCCAGAGAAAAAGGCCUGCUCGUUUAUAAACGGCAGCUGGAGGUCGGUGGACGGUGGUGGUGUGUGUGAGAGCUGCAGCAGUACCAAAAGCAGCCAGCAGAGGGUGCGCCGGAGCCAAAGAUCACACACAGGGCUGCGCAGAAAAACCACUUUGGGUCCAAUCAUAUUCAUCCCUGAACAAUCCAACGCCAGUGAGGGUCUUUACCGAGGAAGAUGACUUUUUAAAAAAAAAUUUACAUGUUUUUUAUUUUAUUUACAGCCGAGCAGUGUAAUUUAUUUACCGUUUUAUUGUUUGACACUUGAUGGACGGAGGAUUACUUACUGAAAGUUACUGAAAGCCUUUAGCUCGGUGUCUGGACAUCCAGCAGUUAUUCUCAUUUAGUAAGUUUAUUUUACGAUAAAAAAUCUAGUUUUAUUUAAAAAUAAUCCCACUGGUGGGCCGAGCAGAGCACACCCCUGGGCCUGAUUUGGCCCCUGAGCCACCAGUUGAAUAGCCC